GGUUUGAAGUUGCUUCAUGGAUCGGGCAAUGAUUCGAGUUCUAUUGGUGUGGCUAUAAGUGACUGUGUGAAACUGUACGAAGAUGCUGAGCCGAGGCUGGCCCGGUUAAUGUCUGGUGAGAGUUGUAGUUGCAGCCAAGGUGAUGCAGUUACUUGGCUAAGUGCUGUGUUGGCUAGCCACAACAGUUGCUUGAAUGGGUUGAAAGAAAAGAUGUGGCGGUUUGACGGUGGAGUGGCAGAGAGCUUGACGGCGGUGCUUCGGGGAGCUCUGGCAGUUCACCAGCAAGGAGGCCACGCAAGGGGAAAACAAAAGGGGUUUCAGAAGAGGCCUAAAACUGACCAAGUUGGGGGGACUUUAGCAUCAUGGAAUGCAGCAACCUCAAAGGCUGAUCUUGUAGUUGCUCAGGAUGGCUCGGGGAAUUACAAGACAAUUAAUGAAGCCGUGGUUGCACUUGCUAGAAUGCACACCAACCGGCCUGAAAGAACUAUUCUAUACGUGAAAUCGGGGGUGUACCGUGAGAAAGUCGAGAUAGGAAGGGACUUAAAGAAUGUGAUGUUCGUUGGAGAUGGAAUGGAUAAAACCAUAGUCACUGGGAACCAAAAUGUACAAGAUGGUUCGAGCACUUUAAGUUCUGCCACAUUUGGUAUAUUUGGUGACGGCUUUUGGGCGAGAGACGUGACAUUCGAGAAUACAGCAGGGCCACAGAAACAUCAGGCAGUGGCACUGAUG